AUGGCUUCCGACAAUGGUUCUUGUCCCGAAUGGACCGCGCACCGGGUCCGAGAUACCUUUCUCGAUUAUUUCAAACAGAAUGGGCACACCUUUGUCCCAUCUUCUCCCGUGGUCCCUCUCUCGGAUCCGACUCUACUCUUCACCAAUGCUGGAAUGAACCAGUUCAAGUCCAUUUUCUUGGGCACCGUGGACCCGCAGUCAGACUUUGCAAAGUUGCGGCGUGCGGUGAAUUCGCAGAAGUGCUUGCGUGCUGGCGGAAAACACAAUGACCUAGAUGACGUGGGCAAGGACAGUUACCACCAUACCUUCUUCGAAAUGCUCGGCAACUGGAGUUUCGGCGACUACUUCAAGAAGGAGGCAAUUUCGUAUUCAUGGACCCUCUUGACCAAAGUCUACGGACUUCAGCCCGACCGUCUCUACGUUACAUACUUCGAGGGCAACGAGGCCGGUGGCUUGGAGCCCGACCUUGAGGCAAAGGAACUCUGGAAAUCAGUGGGGGUUCCCGAAUCCCACAUUCUCCCUGGAAACAUGAAGGACAAUUUCUGGGAAAUGGGCGACCAAGGUCCAUGCGGGCCUUGCAGUGAAGUGCACUACGAUCGGAUUGGUGGCCGCAACGCCGCUCACCUGGUCAACCAGGACGAUCCGAAUGUGCUGGAGAUUUGGAACAAUGUCUUCAUCCAGUACAACCGCGAGGCAGACCGUAGCUUGAGAUCUCUACCCAAUAAGCACGUUGAUACUGGGAUGGGCUUUGAGCGCCUUGUUUCGAUCCUCCAAGACAAGUCUUCAAAUUACGACACCGAUGUCUUCACCCCAAUCUUCCAAGCUAUCCAGGAUGUGACUGGAGCUCGGGAGUAUCGAGGGUUGUUUGGAGCCGAAGAUACCGAUGGCAUUGAUACCGCGUACCGUGUCGUUGCAGACCACGUCCGGACGCUCAUGUUCGCCAUCUCAGACGGUGUUAUUCCUAACAACGAGGGUCGUGGCUACGUGAUUCGUCGAGUGUUGCGACGAGGUUCUCGCUAUGCUCGCAAGUACUUCCAGGUCGAAAUCGGCAAUUUCUUCUCCAAACUAGUGCCAACGGUUGUCGACCAGCUGGCUGACAUGUUCCCUGAAUUAAAGAGAAAACAGCAAGACGUGAUGGAGAUUCUGGACGAGGAAGAGCUCUCUUUUGCUAAGACCCUGGACAGAGGAGAGCGUCAGUUUGAACAGUACGCCCAACAAUCCAAAGUCAAGGGCUCAGACAAGCUCCAUGGUGCCGACGUUUGGAGGCUGUAUGAUACAUUUGGCUUCCCCGUCGACCUGACUCAGAUCAUGGCCGAGGAACGUGGCCUCCGCAUCGAUGAUGUCGAGUUUGAGGAAGCACGGUUGAAGGCCAAGGAAGCCAGUAAGGGCCAAAAGAAGGCUGCUGCAACCUCCGUCAAGCUCGAUGUUCACGAUCUCUCAAAGCUGGAGAAGAUGAACGAUGUCCAGAAAACCGACGAUUCCGCCAAGUUUGGCAAGGGUAACAUCACAGCUCGCGUGAAAGCUAUCUACCACGGAAAGGCCUUUUACGACAGCACCGGUAAAGCCCCCGAUGGAGAGCAGCUGGGUGUUAUCCUCGACUGCACCAAUUUCUAUGCCGAACAAGGUGGCCAGGAAAGCGAUAGUGGUCGAAUCAUCAUUGAUGGACAGGCUGAGCUUGAGGUUGGCGAUGUUCAGGUCUAUGCAGGAUACGUCCUCCACACGGGUUUCAUGAAGUACGGAGCCCUCUCCGUGGGCGACUCCGUGAUUUGUGAAUACGAUGAGCUCCGUCGCUGGCCCAUCAGGAACAACCAUACCGGUACUCACAUUCUCAAUUUCGCCCUCAGAGAAGUUUUGGGUAGUGGUGUUGAGCAGAAGGGCUCUCUUGUGGCAGCCGAAAAGCUUCGGUUUGAUUUCUCUCACAAGGCGGCAGUGUCUGACUCUGAUUUGGAGAAGAUCGAGGCGAAGUCCACCGAGUACAUUCGGCAGAACUGUGCCGUCUAUUCGCAGGAAGUCCCACUGGCAACCGCUCAGCAAAUCUCGGGUGUUAGGGCUGUCUUCGGUGAGACAUACCCGGACCCUGUUCGUGUCGUCUCCGUCGGUGUCGAAUUGGAAGAGAUUUUGCGAAACGUGAAGGAUCCACGAUGGGAGCAAGUCAGUAUUGAAUUCUGCGGCGGGACUCACGUCCAAAAAACCGGAGAUAUCAAAGAUUUGAUCAUUCUGGAAGAGAACGGCAUUGCCAAGGGCAUUCGCCGGAUCAUUGCUGUCACCGGGGAGGAUGCCCAUGAGGUGCAGCGAGUUGCCGGGGAGUUUGGAAAGCGCCUCGACCGCCUGGACGCAAUGCCCCUGGGCCCGGAAAAGGAGCGUGAAACCAAGCAGGUUCAGGUGGAUCUCAACCAGCUUACAAUCUCCGCUGUCAGGAAGGCCAAGUUCCGUGAGCGCUUCACGGCGAUCAACAAGCAGGUUCUUGAUGGCCAGAAAGCUCAGCAGAAGCUGGAGGCCAAGAAGGCUGUGGAGACGAUCACAUCCUACUUCCAGUCUCCCGAGAAUGAGAACUCCUCGUGGCUCGUUGUCAAGCUUCCGAUGCCGGCAAGUUCAAAGGCUGUCAGCGAAUCUCUCAACCAUGUCAAGUCAAAAAUGCAGAACAAGAACGUGUAUGUGAUGGCGGUGGAUUCCGAACAGAGCCGGGUUUCGCACGGCUGUUACGUGUCCAAGGAACUCGGUGACCAGGGUGCUUCUGCGAGCGACUGGGCUGCCGUGGUCUCCAGUGCUGUUGGCGGCAAGGCCGGAGGAAAGGGACAGACAUCCCUUGGAAAUGGCAUCAACCCGGACAAAAUCGACGAAGCAAUUUCGCUUGCUUCGGAUUACCUGAGUAAAUUCAAGCUCUAG